CAUGGCUUGUAGUGCAAGUGGUAAGAUCAUGCUUCUUUCGCUGUUUGUUCUCUUCAUAAUUUUAAAUGCCACAUUUGCUCUGUCGACUAAAGGGGCAGUGCCACUAGAUGGGCAAACAUUUGAUAAGAUUGUGAAGCAACACAAAGUGACUUUAGUUAAGUUUGAUGAAAGUUACCCAUAUGGUGAAAAACAAGAUGAAUUUAAAAAAGUUGCUUCAAUGGCGGUAUCACAGCCUCACCUGCUAGUUGCUGAAGUUGGCAUUUCAAAGUAUGGUGACAAAGAAAACAGUGAAGUUGGUGACAGAUUUGGCAUCAAGGAAGAAGAUUUCCCACAAUACAGAUUAUUUUUGGGUGGAAAACUAGACGACCCGAUUAAAUAUUAUGGUGAUAUAAAAUCAGAUGAUAUAAUGGCAUUUGUGAAAGAAAAUUCUGGUCUGUGGAUCGGGCUUCAAGGAUGCCUGGAAAAUUUUGACAAGAUGGCUGUGAAGUUUAUGGGUGCUGAGGAAGCAGAGAGGAAAACUGUUUUAUCUGAUGCAGAGAAAGAAGUGGAGAAUUUAAAAGGCAACGAGAAGGCAUCAGCCGAGAUUUACGUCAAAACUAUGAAGAAGGUGUUAGAGAUAGGCGAUCACUUUGUAGAAAACGAGAUCGUUCGUGUGAAAACCUUACAAAAUAAGAAAGUGAAAGCAGAGAAGAAAGAGCAAUUCAAAGAUCGUUUGAAUAUUUUAUAUUCUUUCAGAGCAAAACCUGGUGGAAAAGAUGAGCUGUGAUUUAGUUAGGAAUAAAAGGUCAAUUUAACAAUAAUUUGACGGUGUUCACAGCGUUAAAUUUCAAGAAGGUCACUGUGACUGAAAAAUUCUACUGAAAUUUGUUAAUGUGAUUUUCUCCUUAAUUUAUCUCAUAAAUUUAGUGCAGAUUACACGAGUCAAUGAAGUGAAUUGGUUUUGAAUGAUUGUUUACUGGAUGAGAUUUUGCAGGCUUUGGUGUGUCAGUAUUGCUGCUACUGUAGAAUACUUUAUUUUCGCUUGGAAUUUAUUUUCGCUAUUUUCGCUGGAGGGAUGAUUCCGUGAAAAUAAAAUCCAGCGAAUAUACUUUUUUUCCUAUAUUUCACAUUAAACUCAUCAAAAAUCAGUGAAAAUAAAUUCCAUACAAAACGCCCAAAAAGCCUUUUCAGCGAAAAUUAAUUCCAGCGAAAAUAAAGUAUUCCACAGUAUUCUAUUCUGUUGUCCUUCAAUGCAGGUGAUGCUUUAUUAGAAAUACUGGGUAGUGAUGAUAGUAAGGCUAAAAAAAAAAAUAUUUAUUUGUCCUGAAAUGAUAUAGUGACGCUGCUUUAUUUUAUUUAUUUUUUAUUCUUGCAGUAUUACUUGAAAAAAAACAGCUGAAUUUGGUUUGGCCUAAUAUUGAGGGAUUAGGGAACAUCGUAAUUUUGUUGCAAAGGUUCAUUAAUGCUGGUGGAAUUUCCCAACUAAGGUGGAUAAAAUAGUAUGACAUUGUCUUAGGUGUGUGUAUGUGCAAUUUCUUUUUCAAUUCUACGAUGUUCGCAACCUGUAUGUUGACAAUCAUACAGUUACAUGUAUUGGAAUUCUUCAUCAUAUCUUGAUUAAAAAUGUUCAAUUAAAGUAUAUAUCAUGUUUGUCAUACAAGUAUUAUUAUUGGUUUAUAUCAUCAGGAUACAAA